GUAAGCUACCCAUCAUACCACAUUGUCCACGAGUGACAAAACAUCCUUUUCCUCGCGGGCUGCAGCCAUCCCGGUCGCCAUCCGAUGCUCCGAUGACGAUCAAUGUCUGAGCUAGGAUUAUUCGGACGUUUCUCGUCCGGACAUUACCAAUCUAUGUCCUCGGCUAGAAAGUUCCACACUCGCACGAUACCUACCACAGCAGUAGGUAUUACCGCAUGUGUGCGGCCCUGGUGCAACCUGCCUAUCAUGUCGUGAAAUAACAGGGCGAGCUUCUAAAAAUGGGUUCCUACCGAAUCCCGGUGUACUUGUACUUGUACACCUUGCACGCCCUGAGAUGGAUUUAUAAGGUAUUGGCUUGGUAAUCGCCUACCGAAUCGUGGUGUACACCUUGCACCCCCUGAGAUGGAUAUAUGAGGGAUUGGCUUGGUAAUCGCCGAGUUGUCACUUGAACCACCUUUCAUUGAAGCCAUCUCUUCCAGUUAUGGCUGAUCAACGAAACAUCGUAAUCGUUGGUGGCUCCAUAGCCGGCCUAAACUCGACACACUAUAUCCUGAGGCACAUUCUACCCUCACUCAAGGCAAAGCACAGCGUCAAAUACCAUGUGUACCUCAUCAACUCAUCGUCCGACUGGUUCUUCCGGAUUGCUUCUCCCAGAAUCGCGGCAUCCACCGAUCGAAUGCCUGUCGAGAAAGCGCUCUUCAACAUCCCUGAAGCUUUCAAACAGUAUUCUACAAACGACUUCACCUUCAUCGAAGCGACCGUCACAAGCCUCGAUCCCUCGGCACGAACAGUUACCUUCAAGAACCCGGCGGCUUCGGACGAUGAGCACCUUCCCUAUCAUGCCAUCAUCAUAGCCACAGGAAGCCACACCCACGACCCCGUCUUCUCCAUGACCUCCACCACCGACGUCCUUCUCUCUGCUAUUCGCACCCGUAAUGAGAAGGUUGCCUCGGCCAAGGACAUCGUCAUUGCCGGCGGCGGUCCCACGGCCGUCGAAUACGCUGCCGAAAUCGCUGAGCACCUCAACGGCAAGCCAGGGUGGUUCAGUGACGCUCCCCGCAAAGUCAACAUCACCCUCAUCACAGCGGGAUCGCAACUACUACCCGUCCUCCGCCCUGCAAUUGCGAAGAUCGCCGAGCAGAAGUUGAAGCGACUCGGCGUGGACGUCGUCUACGAAACCCGCGUGGAAGAAACCUCGAUCUCCGCAGAAGGCCGGACAACCAUUCGUCUCUCCAAAGGCCAAACCCUCGAAGCCGACCUCUUCGUCCCGGCCUACGGCGUCGUUCCCAACUCCUCCUUCCUCCCAUCCUCCCUCCUCAACGAAGCCGGGUACCUGAAAACGAACAAGCAGACCCUGCGCGUCGACGCCGCCGGUCCCCGCGUCUACGCUCUUGGGGACGUGGGAGAUUACUCGCGGAACUCGGGGCCGGAUAUCGCUGACGCGUUGCCUGCUCUCAUGAUCAAUCUCAAGCGGGAUCUCCUUUCCUACGACCCUGCGAAGCCGGAUAAGAAACCAGAGGGGAAGGAUCGGAUUUAUACUCCUAAUCUGAAGGAGACGCAGUUUGUGCCGAUAGGUACUGGAGGCGGGGUGGGCGCCAUGUUUGGUUGGAAGGCACCGGGCUGGCUUGUUUGGCUAUUCAAGGGGAGGGAUAUGAUGGUGGGGUUUGCGGGACCCCUUGUGACUGGGGACAGGUUGAAGAAGGAGUUUCAGUGGAAGGGAGACGAGGUUGUUGCUUGACUGUUUGUAACGGGAGAGUAGAGUAGUGCCGGGGCUGCAGUCGGUUGCAGAUCGAGUUGGGCUUGGAAGCGAAGCUGAGUGGAUUCUGUGAUCCAAACUGUUCAGAACAGUUUAUUAAUUGAUCUCAUUUCUCCUCUAGCGCCGACGUCUCCUCCGUGAACAUCGACUCCUUGGUGGAGGAAGUAAACCUCACAGGCGAAGGAACAC